AGUCCACGCCUUUGAUUUCCAAUUUAAAACAUAUCUUGAAAGAGAUUCAGUGUUUUGAACAAAUUUCCCCACAAAGAACGAAGCUAGUUUGACUUGUUUCUCGUCUCUUUGUCAGAUAUGGAUGCAGCCACAUCUACCAUGCAACAUUCUUACGGUCUGGGCCUUCGAGGUCCAAAUCCACCACAUGGAGCUCAGCAGCCGACUACCGGGCCUUCAGGAGCUCCACGUCCUGAGGAGCAGCAGCCCCAGCACCACAAACCUUUCUUCUACAUACAGCCCUCGCAGCCCUAUAUGCCCAUGCAGAGUCUGCAGUGGCCUGUACCAGUGCCCAUGCCUGUGUCCUACAACCCGUACUACGGUUACCCUGGUCUAGGUUACGGCAUGCCAGUGAUUCCCAACUAUCAAUCAAAUCCGUACAUGGAGCCCCCUAGCUUUGUUGUACCCCAUACCCACCUCCAUUUGAUGGACUACAGGCGCAUGCUUAACCCUCAGUAUUACCAGACCAUGGCCUAUCACUCCCGCAGGUUCCGCUACCAGCAAAAUGGCCAGCCCAGAGAAAUGACCAGCUCUGAAGUUCAAACUGAGCCGCUGUCUGUAACCCAGAGGACUAGCACCCCAGGGUCCAGCGAUGGUGAGGCCUCCCAUGGCCUCCAAGUCCGUAGUAACAGCCCAAGUGUCCCCAACACUAGUCAGUCCCUCUCACCAGCUGGGGCUGUGCAUAAGGGGGAUCAUUCUCUGGAGCUAAAGGACACAGUGUCCUCUUCUACCACAGUGGCGCCACCAAAUGGCAGCUUUGUGAUCCAGACAGAGGAGGUGAGGAUUGAAUGCUGCACCACUCCGGUGGGACUGCAACUCCUGCACUCUCACGAGACUGCAGAAGUAGCCCACAGUUUUUCACAAGAUGUAGUCCAGUGUAGCUCCAUCCUUCAGGGUCAAGUGCUACAGGACGAAGGACUGUGCCCUCCUGCAGACCAGUCAGAGCAGGCACUCCAAACUUGUCCUGAUAUCCUGUCAGUUGGGACACCCAGUAGCGGUGAAAAGAUCCCUGCUCUGGAGGAGCCCAGGAGCCAGAUGGACCCCAUGACCGCCACCUCAAACUGUGGUUCACAAGUAGCAGUUCAUGGCGAUGUUCAGGAGAUGAGCAGUGAGAAGGAUCUGAGUAUUACAUCCAAGAGUUUUCACUUCAAAGUUGUUCACCUGCCUUUUGAUCCCAAGUACCUGGAUGAGCUGAGGAAGAUGGAAUCCACGGUCUGGUCAAUGGAGGACACUUUGAUCCCUUCCCCUGAAUCGCUGAUCCAAAGUGGGCAUACAGAGUCUCGUGAUGAAACGCUGGCUGUUGCAGAUGAGCUGACGGUCAACGAGGAGGCUCCUAUAGAAGAGGUCAUCUCUAUGAUUGAGAUGCCUCCUCUGACGGAGGAUGAACUGGAGGUCUCUGCCGUGAAGGGUCCUGUGGAUGAGCUGUUGUUUGAAGCUGAUAAUUGCCCCAGGAUGGAUGUUCCUGUUGCAGAGGAAACUUCUAUGAACACAGCAAAGGUGACUCAUGCACCUUAUUUGCUGUUGUUGGAUAAUUCCCCUCUCAAUGCAGGUAGAAACCAACAUAGACGAGAAACAAAUGUCCAGGAUCACCAGGACACUUCAUUCGAAUCAUUGCCUGCCUACCUUCCCUCAACGAGCUGGCUCGCUGACUUUGAUAACGUCUACUAUUGUAGCAAGCUGCCACAAACUCCCAAGAAGCAGAACAGACCUCUGAGCAGCCAUAGUUUAGAUGUGCCUUCCAGAAGAAGAAAACUAGAGCUGGAGUACAAAGAACAUCCAACUAUUCGCAAGCCGAAAGAGAGGUACAAACCCAAAGGCAAGGUAGAUCGACAAAGCCUCUCCGACCACGAAUGCCUCCUUAACAGGAAACUAAACGAGAAUGCAUUCACGCCUUAUGCAUCCAAGAGAGAGCGACUUUGCAACAGAUGUUUGGCAAAGUGCAGGAUCUGCAUGUCUGCCGGUUCGGCACUCGAGGGUCAGGCCUUGAAAAGAAAAGCUGUUCCUUUCCAACAGAAGAACGAUGCGCUCUUACCGACAUGUGAGGCCUGCAGAUCUCACUCCAACAAACGGCUGACGAGAAAAGCUUCUAGUCCUGACGUCCGUGGCCGUCACGGACAGGACACCGAGGGGGAAUCUUCUGAGAACAGCUCAUGUCGCACUGGGCCGAAAUGGAGGUCAGCUGAUGAUCCGAGGAAGUUUAAUGAUCCCAAGCGGCCGCUGGCCUCCAAACAAAACUUGGAGAAAUGUCCUGCGGCGUCGUACCCGAAGCUUCGAGAAAAGAACUACUUGUCCAAUGAGUCACAGCAUCAGUCUAUCCCAUGGGAGAGGCUUCGCCAUUGUCCCCACGGCAACGCCAUCCGAGAAAUGGACGAGAACUGCGCCAUGCCGAAUUCCCUCCAGGACAAAUGGAGGAACAUGGAUCAGGUUUACCCGAGACACAGGUGGCAAACAGACAAGUCAUGGAAAGCAGCGACGCCUGGUGACGGCUCCAAGAGCGAAACUAGAUCACAACACUUGAAUAAACACAAGAAAUCACAACCACAAUCACAAGGAACUCGUAGAAAUGACACAAGAUGCUGAUUUGCACAAGAGCACAAUGUGAAAACACUUUCUUUUAAACCAAGAAAAAUUAUGUACACUUAAUUUAAAUUAUUUCCACUUAAAUCAAAUUGUAAUAAGUCACUAUGUUCACUAUUUAUAAACCUUUAAAAUAAACACAGAUUUAUAAUAA